GAACUAUGAUUUGUUAGAGACUAUCCCGGUGAGAGUGAGAUGGCUUAGUAUGCACCUGGCCUUGCCUAAAAACGACACACACAGACACACAUAUAACAAUAAUUCGGUAAAUCUCAAUACUACGCUGUUGGCUGUCAGGCGGUCUGCCAGCCAUACGGGGUUGCGAUACGGGGCGCAAACACCAUACCGAGCUAUCGGUCACGGACGUAUCAGCAUCCCCGUCCUUGUUAUCAUCACAACACAUUGCCUCAUAUCAGUGCAUCGAGCUGUAUCUGAAGCGCCAGCAACGUGCGAUCUACGUCAGCCGUUGCCAACGCAUCACCACUGCGACUGUCGGUGUGCUGGGCCGUCGGGUAACAGGAAACUACAGAACUCCGCCUGUUGUUUAUCAAGAGGCUUCCGUGAUAAAUCACGGCACCCUCCUGAACCACGGCUGCAUUGUCGUGAAGUCCUGACCGUCCAGUCUUCAGAUUAAGGGCGGCAGCAGGCAGUGACAGGUGCACAUCAGUGGUCAAUGAUGCAGGUCUUGAGGUCGUCUGGUUGAGCUGAAGAAUCGAAGGAAAGUUUUCGGUCGACAGCCGGCAAGACCGGCACAAAAGUGGCAACAUGGGUCAGAGCCAGGCAAGGCUACGUGAACCGGUCCAGACCUGUGCCAUGGGGAAGCACAUAGUCAAAGAAAAUGACACCGGAGGCUUCAUGCUUUGUUCGGACACCCUGGAGAGCGUCCUUGGGACAGAACACGCCGAUAAACCCGUGAUAGUAAUAUCAGUAACGGGUACAACCGACCCCGGCAAGACAAUGCUUUUUGACAUGAUGUUACGGCAUCUCGAUCCAUCCAGAAGGAGCACCGACGAUCGUGGCGGCUCUACGAGAGGAAGGGACUACCGUCCAUCACGCAAAAGCGGCAUCGAGUUGUGGUCGCACCUGUUUCCCGUGACGCUACCCACCGGGGAGGAGGCCGUCAUUGCGCUCAUGGACACCCAGGGCGCCGCUGAUGACGCGCCGCGGUCGCAGGCGGUGCAGUUCCUCGCCACUCUUCUCAGCUCGCUGCAGAUCUUCAACGUCGUGGACGACUUGAGUGACGAUGUUUUGGAGCAGCUGAAGCAGUCCAUAGAGUUUGGUCAGGCGCUGUCGAAGAGUACCGACACCCCGGCCUUCCAGAAGCUCAUGUUUCUUGUGCACCAUUGGAAGGCGACAGACGAAUUUCCACUCGGCGCUGCUGGGGGUGGGCACCUUGUGACGAAAUGGCUCCAGAGCGAGAGGUCAGAUGAGCAGAUCGAGAUGGUGCGCCAGCAUAUCGGUGACUGCUUCAGUGACAUUCAAGGAUUCCUCCUGCCGCUUGGCCCACUUCGCAACGGAGUCUCUCGUCCUCCUUCCAUUUUCAAUUUGUCUGAAGUACUUUCGGAUUUUCUUUACAUGGAAUUAUUCUCUGGACUUUUCAACCAACUCAUGGCAUUACACCCCAAAUACUGGGAGCUGAACCAAGAGGCUCUGGCGCCAGAGAAUCUAGCUAUCAAGGUUGUCGCGGGCGAGCGCCUCACCGCUGGCGACCUGUGCAGGCUCAUCACCAAGUAUGUCGAACUGUUCUCCAGCGAGGAGCCGCCGAAGCCGGAGGACGUGGUGUACGCGACGAUCGCUUCUCUGUAUCCCGCAGUACAGGCCGCCAAAGAACAAUAUGUAGAGGCGAUGGCGAGUGUGUUUCGCGAGGGUCAGCCCGCGUUGAAUGACGACGAGCUGAUGAGACAACACAAGGAAGCCGCAGCGAAGGCAGAGGCAACCUUCCACGCACAGAAAAAGACGGGAAACGACUCUCUGGUACAGAACGGCCUGAAGAUACUGAUGAAGGACAUUGAAAAGUGCUUUGAUGAUAUUGAUCAUGAGAACACUGGCAAACGCAAGAAGGAGGAACAGGCAGCUGAAAAGCAGAAGAAUGAAGGGAGCCAGCAGUACAUCAUAGAGCUGGUAAAGACCUGUACGGAGAUGUACAUCAACGCGAUGAAAGCUGUUGCCGACGUCGACGGCUUCGUUACUCGUGACAAUUUAAGAAGGGCUCACGCCACCGCCAAGGAGAAUGCGAUGAAUAAGUUCGACGUCAGGAGCAAAAACCAUACAGUAGAGUGGGACAGUCGCUUUAAGUUGACAUGUGUCAUCGGUGCACGCUUUCGCCUGAUUCAGCACCACAACGAGGUCAUGAAAGACGCUAAGAAUCGACAAGCCGUACGUGGCAACAUGAAGGCCGUGGAAGUGGCUCUCAAAACCUACCGAACUGUGAUGAGCUCGACGAUCUCUGGGGAAGGCAUGAACGACGACGGCCUUAUGGGCCAGCAUAACCGGUCACUCGGGGCAGCCGUCGAAAUUGUCAAAUCGCUUCAUGAAGGGGAUGAAGAUACGGCUGAAAAAUACGUGCAGGAACUCAAGACGCUCAUCGGUGAGGAGUUCGCUAUGAUCAGAUACAGUCACAAAUCAUAGAAACCCAAAGCAAGCAGGAGCCAACCGCUAUGUGUGAUAGAGUGAGUGUUGCACAAUUUGCCACCACGAGCUGGUCGUGAACUAAUUGUAUGACUGUGCGGUGGUAGGCAGUUUGAACUUUGAAGGCCCACUGGUGUGGCUGUGACAGUAUUUGUACCGGCAGCAGCGCGGCGUCCGAGGAACGUGUCAGCGACGUCGGGCGUAGGCACAACUGAGGGCAGGAGAGAUCGCAGAAGACGGACGAUGGUGACGCCAUGGCGGACGCACGGGGGCGAUAGCUUGCAAAAGUGAUCGUGGUGUGGUAUGGCAUGGCUGCGAUGGUAGUGGGAGUCAACCGGCGCGUGUGGCGCCGUCUUCAGCUUGAGCUGCUGCUUUUACCUAUAUUUCACUCUUCAAAUCCAAGAACAAGGAUGGAUGACAGGCUUUAAUUUUAUGGUUUGCUAUAGGAUGCAUUUGCAAUGUGCGUUGUGUAUUUUACAUAUAAUUAUUAGCAAUUAGCAUGGAGGAUUUUGUGUUAUCAUACGGAUCGAGAUUGUAGUUCAUGUAGGUAUACUGUGAUAAUGUGUGCUUAGAUGGAAUGUGAAUAAAGUUAAGGCCAACAAAGUUGA